GGUGGUGUCCUCAGUAAACACAAAUCACACCCACUCCACUUCUCCAAAGCUAGCCAACCUGCUUUUUUCAUCUGUAGAAAAAUGGCGUCCGUACUCAACUCAGCUCUGUCCUUGAAUUUAUCAAACUUUAAAAGGAAACGAGUUCGAACUCAGUAUCUUGUCUCUCCGCUUUCUCUUUCUCUCUCAAGGCGGAGAGUUACGAUAGGAGCCGCAGAGACCGAUGCAAAUGAAGCAAAACCUCAGGCACCAGAUAAGGCGCCGGAUAGUGGUGGUGGUGGUUCUAGCUUUAACCAGCUUCUUGGCAUUAAAGGAGCUGCUAAAGAAACUAAUAAAUGGAAGAUUCGUCUUCAGCUUACAAAACCUGUUACUUGGCCUCCGUUGGUUUUGGGAGUAGUUUGUGGAGCUGCUGCUUCAGGAAACUUUGAUUGGACUUUGGAGGAUGUUGCCAAAUCAAUUGUUUGCAUGCUUAUGUCUGGACCAUUUCUUACUGGCUAUACGCAGACGAUUAAUGAUUACUAUGACCGAGAGAUUGAUGCAAUUAAUGAACCUUAUCGUCCAAUUCCAUCAGGGGUAAUUUCCGAGAAUGAGGUUAUCACCCAAAUCUGGAUUCUGCUUCUAGGAGGCCUUGGCUUGGCUGGUUUACUGGAUGUGUGGGCAGGGCAUGACUUCCCUAUAGUUUUUUACCUUGCUUUGGGUGGAUCAUUGGUUUCGUACAUAUACUCCGCUCCUCCUUUGAAGCUAAAACAAAAUGGAUGGAUCGGAAACUUUGCUCUGGGAGCAAGCUAUAUCAGUUUGCCAUGGUGGGCUGGUCAAGCUUUGUUUGGGACCCUCACACCUGACAUAAUUGUCCUAACACUCUUGUACAGCAUAGCUGGGCUAGGUGUUGCUAUUGUAAACGAUUUUAAAAGUAUUGAAGGAGAUAGGCUACUUGGACUUCAGUCACUACCAGUAGCUUUUGGUGCUGAAACUGCUAAAUGGAUUUGUGUUGGUGCUAUCGACAUAACUCAGAUAUCCGUGGCUGGUUAUCUGCUAGGAGCUGGUAAACCGUAUUAUGCCUUAGCCCUGCUCGGUUUGAUAAUUCCACAAGUUUUUUUUCAGUUUCAGUACUUCCUGAAGGACCCGGUGAAGUAUGAUGUUAGAUAUCAGGCAAGCGCGCAACCUUUUCUCGUGCUUGGUUUGCUGGUGACUGCUUUGGCAACUAACCAUUGAUUCCCUUCAUGACAAAAUCGCUGUCAGCAAGGUGAGCUAGCAAAUGCGCCUCAUACGUGCUCCUGCUUGAUGUUAUCAAUCCAGCAAUAAUAGAUUGCCUUGAAGCGAGAAAGAGUUGGCAAGAUUGUCUUUCGAUGUCAGGAUGUCGCAGAACCAGAAUAGGACACCAUCAAACUCAGAAACUAUAGUCAAGAUUUCUGGAUCAAUAAGUUGCUUGUGAACCAAGGCUCAACCCAAAAAAACAGUUCUUUUCAUGGAAUCGAUAAGCGAAUUGUGUAGCACAAGUCUGAGACAUAGAUUUCAAUUUAUGUUUCGUAACUUUAUGAAUGUUGUGAAUUGUGCAGUACAAGACUAAGACUUAAUUUCUAAUUUUCUAUAUUUAUAUAUAAAUCGAUUUUGUUAACUA